AUGUCCAACAACAACAGCAACAGCAACAACGGUAGAGGUAGCAGUAGCAGUGGCAGUAAUAGUGGUCGCAACAACAGUGGUACAACCAGCAAUCCAAUACCAAUAACACCAUUUCCUGGAUUUCCACUUCACCAACAACAGCUACAUCAAUAUCAACAACAACAACACCUCCUACAGCAGCAACAACAACAGCAACACUUGUUGUUCCAAUCAUCAUAUCACCUACAGCAACAACAGCAACAACAACAACAUUCAAAAGCAGCUAUGAUACCGGCAUCAUCCCAGUCACAACAGUUGAUGAAUAACAACAACAAUAAUAAUAAUAACAAGUCUAGUCCAAUUACAUCUAUUGAUGAUGCAGUAGCCUCAUUGUCUGCGCAUCAUCCAAAUAUCAAGUUGGUCACCAAUGGUGGCCAGCAGCAACAGCAACAGCAACAGCAACAACAGCAGUCACAACAUCAUCUACUCUCACUGCCCGAGUUGCAUUGGGGCAGUAGUCUUGGAGGCACUGGAAGUUCAUCACCAUCAAAUACAGCGCAACUACAACAUCAUCAACAACAACAACAGCAACAGCAGCAACAUAACAACAGCCUAUCGCCAAAGCAAUCUAUGGAUAUAUCACCAGAGGCCAGUCGCAGCUUCGACAAGACAUUGAUGACCACGAUGGACAAUCUGGGCAAGAUGGAGACGAUUCGACAGCAAUACGAGUCGCAGAUCGAGUCGCUGAUGAACCAGGUGCACUCGGCCUUUGAGCGCGAGCAAAAGCACCGUGUGUACACAAAGUCCAUCGAGGAGGCCUACUCCACGCUCGAGUCGGAGAACAUCAAGCUGAAAAAGGAGCUGUUUGAGCAGAACAAGAAGAUGAACGAGCUGUUACAGAUGAAGAUGCCGUCGUCCAACACCAAUCCCUACACUUCACCAUCGUCACUACUACAUGUACAACAUCAACAACAACAACAACAACAACAACAGAUGCUUAUGCAGCACCCUUCUGCUUUUGGCCAAGGCUUCUUCUCGCCCCUGUCUGCUUCGGCUCCAAUCCCACCUCCACCAUCCGAGUUGAGAAAGAAAGUCCGAGGAAUUGCAGGUGAUGAAGAGCUCGUGGCAGAGGCACUUGGCUCUUUUGUAGAAUUCGCCUCAUCGUCUCCACAGACAAGGAAGCCACCAAUACUGAAGCGUUCAAACAGCGAGGACCUGUUUAGACACAACGGUGGUCAGGCCAGCGCACUGGCCGCGCUCAACUUUAGACUGGGCGCUCUGCCACCACGCAACGACAGCGCCAUGGAGUGGUCGAUCGUCAGCACGACGGAGCAGGAGGACCGCAGCAAGAAGAGGCGUUCCGACAGCUUUGCCUCGCCCAAGGUCUCUAGCGAGGACACGCUGAUGAAACCCAAGAAGAACCAGCAACAGCAGAUGUCGAUAUCGCCUACGUCGGGCUCGCUGCCGCCCAAGCAGCCACCCAGCCCCGCCGUCAAGUUGGAGGGAAGUGGCUCAGACAUGAGCUCGCCGCUGAGCAAAUCCAACAAGGGCAAGCACCAGCGACAGAACUACCCGUCAUUGAUGCAGAACAUUGGCAUGAUACCAGAGAUGGACACGGAUGUCGACAGCACGGACGAGUUUGACUUUGCUGCCAACAAGCUCAAUAGCAGUGGUGGUAUUACACGUGGCGAGGACUCACCGGACGACGCACGCAACUCCUCCUCGUCGCCAUUCGACUCGCCCUCAAUGUCGGACAACAGCAGCCUGUUCAAGUCGAUCUCAUCCGCAAGCGACGCACCACACGAGGCGCUGCUCAACGAAAUUCACAGCCUCCACCAUGCGCAGCGUGAGGCUUUGGAGAAGAUCUACAUGGCGCAGCGCCAGUUCCUCAUCUCGGGCUUGGCCAUGCCCAACCGCGAAGAUCUGCUCAUGUCUCUGCAGGGCGACCAAAAGCGUCUGUGCGGCCAGAUCGAGUCAGAGCUGCUGUCGCUCAACCAAAUGUACUGCCAGACGAUACUGGAACCCAACCAACUGUGCAAGAUCGAUAUUCUGCUACAGGACCUCUCGAUCCAGCUCAAGCAGCUGCAGCUCUACCAGGAGGAGCUCAGCUUUGGCGACGCGGAUACGCUGCCCGUCGCCCUUGUCAUCACCAAGCAGCCGUUCCCCAUGGUCAUCAGCAAGUUCAAGCAGCUGCAGGAGGACCACCUGAUCGCACAGCUGCUCACAGGCACCAACGUCGAUAUUGCGUCCUACUCGCCGAUCCGCGCUGAGCUGAUCUUCCACGCCAAGCCCAUGACCAAGGGCUCGACGCCCAUCGUUGGCUCUGCCGCAGGUGGAAGUGGAGGCAACGGCGGCAACAAGAAGCAGAUCGAGAAGGACACCCAGAUCAUCGAUCCAGUCAAGGGCAUUGCCAAGUUCCCCAUCAAGUUCCUCACAGGCACACGCAAGGGAUGCGUCAAACUGCACUUUGUCCUUCAGAUCAAGACGUCGGAUGGCCGCACCUUUAACGUGCCCAGUGGCACCUCCCAGCCAUUCAUCGUCAUCACCAACGAUUGUCAAUGGGAGGGCAGUGAGGGUACACUCUUGAAGAAAGAGUCAUUCAAUGAGAAGUUCGAGAUCACCUGGCCACACUUUGUAAAUAUACUCCAGAAACACUUCCUCAAAGCUACCAAGCAGAGUCCAAUCCAACCGACACGACCACUGUCCAGCUACGACUUCCACUAUCUCAAUGCGACGUUCUUUGGCAGCCGCACAUUCGUCAGCCACAAGGACUUUGACCAGUUCUGGCUCUGGUUUGGCAAGUCGUUGCAAACACUACGCUACAAGCGUCAUAUCUCCACGCUGUGGCAGAACGGCCUGAUCUUCAUGUUCCUCAAGCGCGAGUCUGUAAAUAGUAUCCUUAAGGGACAGGAGCCUGGCACCUUUGUCAUCCUCUUCUCCGAGUCCUUCCCCGGCCACCUGGAGAUCUCCUACGUGGCCUCGGGCGGACCGGACCAGGCUGGCAGCUCACAGUCUUCGUCGCUGUCUGGCAGCACUGGUCUGAGCAGCAGCACCGGCAUCAGCAGUAGCACUGGCAUUAGCAGCGGCGGCGAAGAGUCAUCCAAGGAUGGGGCAAACAGCAACAACAACCCAUCUUCACAACAGAACAAGAUCAAGCAUUAUCUGGUGCAGCCAAAUGACACGUCUGGCAGCAAGAGGACACUGCCCGACUUCCUCAACGAGCGAUCUCAGUUCACUCACGUUCUCCAGCUCAACGUUGCAGCGCUGUACCACUGCGACGCACCGAUUCCACCAUUCAAGCGCGAGCCCAAGAACAACGUGUUGGAGGCCUACUACAGCAAGCGACAGACAUCACAGACUAUAAUUGGCAGUGGAUACGAGCCGUUGCCUAACUAA